UUCAUUAGAUCCGGCUCGGUUGGUUCACACGUUGUUGGUGGGAUGGUGAGCAUCUUCUUUGGAAUAUGACACCUUAAUAUACAACCGCCCAGUUUGAUGUUAUAUAUUAGUGUAAUCGUUAUAAUCCACGUGAUUCGAAAAAAAUUGUAUUGCGCGCCUCUUCCUCAAGAUGAACAACGUAGUACUCUUUGUACCGACCGAGGCACCACAAGUUUAUAGCUAGAAACAAAAAUGUAUCGACCCCCCACCUAUGCGUCCCCUGCAUCGGGGCCUGCCUCCCGAGACUCAUUCUUUAUACUUGUGCCGAGGUGACCACGUUAAAAAAUUUUUAUAAAAAACUGUGUUUUCGGUGAAGAAUUGUGAGGUGUAAAUCAUGGGGAAAAGGAAACAUCAAAGUGCGCACAAGGAUUUUGUGGACGAAGUCCUAGUGAAAAAAUUCAAGAAGUUGGAGAGGAAAUUUAAAAAACUAGAAAAAUUGCGGCGUACGUCAAGAUCAAGGAGAUCAGAUUCAGAAAGUGAAUCACAUGAGGAGACGAGAUCAUUUCGAUCGGGACAUCGAUCCCAAAUUUCCUCACCUCCAUCUUCUGUGGGGGAUGGUAAUGACUCUCGUUUGUUUUCUCCGGCGAGAUCACAAAUUUUGGGUGUUGAGGACGGUGAUGAGCCCGCGAUAAAUCUAGAGGACACAACAGCCCAGAUAAUUUCUACACAGGCAGAGAUUCAUCCUGAUCCGAAGACGGUUUCAGAACUGCCUAACCCUCAGGUUGACCAGAACACUAAUUCUGGAGAACCUGAGGUGGUGUUGGAAGAUCUGGACAAUGAAAUUCUAGAAUUGAUUGGGGAUAGAGUGACCGAAGAUAGAGUUCUGGGGCCAGUCAUUCCGAACAGCAUUGCUAUCCGUCUUACGGACAUUCUAAAAAACGGUUUACCCAAAGAGGAAAAAACCAAGUUAUUAAAAGCUCAUGCACCACCCAAAAAUUGCCUCGUGAUAGAUCCCCCGCGGUUGAAUGAAGAGGUUAAAGCCUUCAUGAAUGAAGCAGCAUUAAAACGGGACGCAAGAAUUGUUGAGAAACAAAAGAAAAUUUGUUCUUGCUUAGCCCUAGUGUGUAACUCCAUUUGUCGCACUCUUGAUAAAGGCAAAGAUACUAAGGAGAACAAAAUAAGCACGGAUGGGGAUUUAGUGAAAUCACUCAGCGAAACGGCGCGUCUACUUGCGGAUCUUCAGAGGGAUGAGACAUUCACACGUAGAAGUUUAAUUCUGGCGACUAUUGCUAGUUCGCAAAAAGAUAUUUUGGAUGCGUCUCCAGCUGACGAAUGGCUUUUUGGCGAAAAAUUGGGUGAUAGGCUGAAAGCUGCCAAGCUGAUUGAAAAAUCAGGGAAAGAUCUAAAAGGCAAAGUUCUGCACCAAAAUAAGCCAAAAAACUCCAGAUUCCCGCCUCUGCGUCAUCCACUCAGACAGCUGCCCUCGGGCGGGAACAAGGGCAGACCAAUUUCGGGCCGACCUUUCAGGAAGAAUUGGUCCAACCAAUCCAAGGGGACUCGCAGCAACCUGCAGAAUCCCGCUUUGUCGCAGACAACGAAAUCUUAGAUAAAAUCACAUUUAUGGAAGAAUCUUACCCUGGUGGUCGGCAGGUUAUCAGGGAAGCAUUCAAGAAGAGAGGUAUUCCAGAAGACUCGUUGAAUAUUUCUUUAUCGUCUUUGAGUGACUCUUCAAUUAAACAAUACGAC